AUGGCUGCCAUUAAUCAAGCUUCAAGCAUUAUUAUCCGUUCAAACACAUUAUUCGGCUCUUCAUCUUCUCAUAGAGAUGUCGCAACGACUGCUAUCCAUUUACCCAGGAGGAUUAACACAAAUAAUCUGCAGGGUAUGUUCGCACCAAACAUUGGUUUGGUGGAAGAAAUUUCAACAAGAAUAAUCUCUUCUUCUCCCAACAAGACAACUAACAGCAAAAGCCCUAAAGUAGUCAACUACUCUCCUGACCAUGAAGUGAUCAUGGAAAAGCUUUAUCUGAUACUAGAGGCAGUGUCGGAUCGGGUGGAGAUGCAUAAGAACAUUGGAGAGCAAAGGGCUAACUGGAACAGCCUCCUGCUGACAUCUAUCAAUACCAUUACUCUUUCGGCUGCAACCAUGGCUGCCAUUACUACUACUACUACUUUACCAGCUGGUGCGCCUUUGGAAGCCCUUAAACUUUCAUCUACUUUCUUGUAUUUGGCAGCAACUGGGAUGUUGGUAAUCAUGAACAAAAUCCAACCGUCUCAGCUGGCUGAAGAACAAAGAAACGCUGCACGCUUGUUCAAGCAGCUUGAAACCGAAAUCAAGACAAAGAUAGCAGCUAUAGGCGGCCGCAAUCCAACUAUUACUGAUGUAGAUGAAGCAAUGAAGAAAGUUUUAGCUAUAGACAGAGCCUACCCUCUUCCUUUAAUCGGUGUCAUGCUUGAAAAGUUUCCGGCCAAAGUAGAACCAGCGGUUUGGUGGCCAGAUGAACAACAACCAAGGACUAUUAAUAUUAAUGGUCGUCGUCGUCAAAAAGAUAAUAAUGGUAAUGGCUGGAGUAAUGAACUGGAAGAGGAGAUGAGAGAGAUCAUUAGAGUUUUAGAGAUAAAAGAUAAAGAUGAUUACUUGAGGUUAGGCAAAAAGGCCGUGAAGCUUAACAAAGUUUUAGCCAUAGCCGGUCCUCUGCUAACCGGCUUAGGAGCAAUUGGUUCAGCUUGUAUUAGUAAUGUAUCUCCUCCUGAUCAUAUGAUUAUGAGUUCUUGGGCCAUGAUGCUUGGAGUCAUGGGAGGUGCCAUGGCAAGCGUUGUGAACACGGUACAACACGGCGGGCAGGUCGGGAUGGUGUUUGAGAUGUACCGAAGCAAUGCUGGUUUCUUUGAGAUGAUCAAGGAAUCCAUAGAAUCAAACUUGAAGGAAAAAGAUUUGGAGAGCAGAGAGAAUGGCCAAGUGUUUGAGAUGAAGGUUGCAUUGCGUCUCGGAAGAAGCCUGUCCGAGCUUAGACACGUUGCCGCUUCUUAUGCAAGGAAAGGGGCGGACGACAUUGAAGAGUUUGGAAGCAAGCUUUUCUGA